GUAGUUACUAUAUUAUUUGUCGCCGUUAAGUUCUACUACCUCAUAGGAAACCACUAUUGCCUCAAUCAUACAGUGAUCAUGACCUUCGGACGGACUUUCAACGUCGUUGGCGCCCACGUCGGCGGCGAGGUGUGCGACGUUAUCACAGGCGGGGUCCUCGACGCCCCAGGCACAUGCACCACCAUGUUUGAGAAGAUGAUGCACUUCUGGAAGAAGGAGGACCACCUGCGCAACUUGCUGUUGAACGAGCCCCGGGGCAACUCUGCAAUGUGCACCAACCUGAUCCUCGCACCGUGCAACCCCGAGGCUGAUGCCGGCUUCAUCAUCAUGGAGCACGAGGAGUAUCCUCCCAUGUCGGGGGCAAACACCAUGGCUGUCGCCACGGUUCUCCUCGAGACGGGCAUGGUACCAAUGAAGGAGCCGACCACCACGCUGAAGCUGGACGCUCCGGCGGGCCUGGUGACGGUGACGGCCGAGUGCGCCGCGGGCAAGGCAAGGUUUAUCGAGUUCCGCAACGUCCCGGCCUUUGUGUACGCCUUGGACCUAGAGAUCAACGUCCCAGGGUUCGACCACAAGGUGAAGGUCGACAUUGCGUAUGGCGGAAUGUGGUAUUGCCUGGUUGACGCCGCGUCGGUCGGACUGGCGAUCGAGAGCGCCAACGGCAGGGACCUCGUGGAUGUGGGCGAGCGCAUCAAGCGCGCUGUACAGGCCCAGACCGACCCCAUCCACCCAGAGAACCCUGAGAUCCGUGGGGUCACCAUCCUUGAGUUCACCGCACCCGUCUCGCGUACCGACGGCGGCGGCGAUAGGGUGGCUACCAACACGGUUGUUGUGUCGCCGGGCCGCCUAGAUCGUAGCCCCUGCGGCACGGGCACAUGCGCCCGCCUCGCCGUACUGCACAAGCGAGGCGAACUGGCCGUGGGCGAGUCGUUCCGCCAUAGGAGCGUCACCGGUGCCGAGUUCGUAGGCACGGUCUACGCAGCGGCUAAGGCUGGGAAAUACGACGCCAUCAUCCCCGCGGUCAAAGGUACUGCCUUCAUAUCGGCUUUUAAGCAAGUUGUCCUCCACCCCGAGGACCCCUUCCCAGAGGGACUGAGAGUUGGAGACAAGUGGCAUGUCUCCUCUUACAAGGAAGCCUCAGCUGGCCAAUUCUUGCUCAAAAUCUUGUCAUUGAGCUAUGGUUGA